GUCAAAAAAUCGUACAAAAUAGAGGUUUAUGUGCUGUAGACGUGCAAAAUUGCUAAGAAUGACAAAGAUCUCCUUAGAAACUACCUCUAUAACCCGCAUAAUUCACCGCAUAAUAUUAUAGACAGAUCACAAGUGCUGUUCAAAGAGGACCGUGGGAGUUGGGGUAGACAUUUUGCCUUUGCAGAGGCAUGAGAAAACAUAUUAUCCUUUUACAUAAGUAGUAAAAGUCCACCGAAAAAGUAUAUUGACGAUAAACAUAAUUAACAAGAAAUCUCAAGGUGCUAGCGGAAGAUGCCUACAUGUCCAAGAGUGUGCUUUAAUCUACUUCGCCGGAAGGGUCAGGAUUUUGGACCAUCAGACAGCCCUCUACGAAGAUGCCUGAACACAUUUGACUUGACUUCGCUAGGUGUUGGAACCGUAGUCGGCGCGGGGUUGUAUGUUGUUACUGGUGAAUUGGCGCGAGAUGUAGCAGGUCCAGCCGUUGUUAUUUCGUUCUUUAUCGCCGCAGUAGCUGCCCUGUUGUCUGGACUAUGCUAUGCCGAGUUCGGUUCCCGUAUUCCAAAAGCAGGUUCUGCCUAUGUGUAUACUUAUGUCACGUUAGGCGAACUUUUAGCAUUCAUUGUUGGCUGGAACAUGAUUCUAGAAUAUUUGAUCGCGUCCGCGACUCUUGCUCGCUCGUGCAGUGAAUAUAUCAAUGCUAUUUCCGGUGGGGCUAUCUACAAGUUCUUCAUGAGUGAUAUUGCUACUUGGCAUGUGAAAGCUUUGGGGCCAUUUCCUGAUUUCCUUGCUCUAGCUAUAGCUACAAUAAUCACAAUAAUCGUUUGUUUCGGUGUCAAGCACUCAGCAUGGUUCAACAAAAUCACCCUGCUCGUGAAUAUGGCAGUCAUUGUGUUCACAAUAUGCGUUGGGUUAUACUUCAUCGACACAUCCAACUGGUCUACCCCGAAGAAGUUCGCUCCGUACGGGGUAGGGGGCGUUCUUACUGCAGCCGGCAGCUGCUUUUACGCCUUUGUUGGAUUCGACGCAAUCGCGACAGCCGGUGAAGAAGCCAUCGACCCCAAGCGCUCAUUACCUCAAAGCAUAAUCCUUUCGCUUGCAGUGAGCUUCCUCGCAUAUUUCGGCGUGGCUACUAUCCUUACACUAAUCAUCCCGUAUCAAAACCUCAGCCAUUUCGCACCCCUCGCCGAAGCCUUCGUCUCACGCGGUUUCCCCGCUGCUAAAUAUGUCAUCUCAGUAGGCGCAUUGUGCGCAACCUCCUGCUGCCUGAUGUGCAACUCCUUCGCGGCCCCUCGAGUCGUGUACUCCAUGGCGUCUGAUGGGUUGCUCUUCCGGUUCUUCGCCCACGUGAACGAUCGCACCCACGUACCUGUUCGAGCUGCUCUUGCUGAUUACGUAGUGAUUGGCACCCUGGCUGUUUUGCUGGACAUCCGUCAGUUGGUAGAGAUGUUGUCUAUUGGUACGCUGGUUGCUUACUCCAUGGUUGCUCUGGCGGUUCUGUUGACGCGCUAUCAGGUAGGGGUGCCGAGUGUUACCUACAGCGAUGACACGUCUAAGCAGCGCACACGAGUCUGGCUGAAGAAGAUGUGCUGCCAGAAGGAACAGGAUGAGCCGCCCACUGACUAUCAAGGUCUCACAGAAUCAAGCGUGGAAGAUAAAGAAGAAAGUCUUUCAUCAUUGGAUCCCAAAUCUGAGCCCACAGACAAUACCAGCUGCCGUGCUUCCAUAGCAACCACUGCACUCGUGCUAGGGAUUCUGGGAAUGUGCCUGACCAUGACCCUCGCAUUCCCAGGACUCAACAGCAAACGUGCCUGGGCCAUUUUCCUUGCUUGCCUGUUUGGUCUCGUCAUCAUAGUGGCCCUGAUGGUCCUCGAGAGACAGCCAAAGAAUAAUGCGACCUUCCCGUUCAUGGUCCCUGCGUGCCCCUACCUUCCCGCGCUCACUGUGUUUGUCAACGUGCUCUUGAUUGUCAAGCUCGACUACAUGACGUAUAUCCGAUUUGGAUGCUGGCUAGCUUUAGGCCUGUUAAUCUACGCCCUGUAUGGCUACAGACACAGCAUCGAGGGCCUCAAACAGGACGACAAUCCAACACAGUACAUCAUACCACAGACCCCGCCCAUCCAACAGAUCGUAGAAGAACAGCAUUUCGAAGAAUGAACUACUCCCAAGGGGGGAGAAGAAGGGUGACCUUCAAUUUGAAAGCAAAGGUUGUGUGCUAGCAUCAAACAUUAAGCGAUAUACGCUUUCAGUUUUACUCCAUGAUAUCUUCUUGAUAUACAUAGGCAGGCUACAGGCGAGGGUUCAUAAAAUUCAGCGUUAGAAAAUCUUUUCGAUAGUAAUGCCUCACGCACUCCUAAAUCUCCCUUCCCGACAAGUUGUAAAUAGACAGAAACCCGAAAAGUGAAUUAUAUUCUUGUUCUAAUUUUAAAACGCUUCUAUUGUUCACGUUUCUUCGAAUUUCAAAUACUAUAUCAGCAUAUCAUAUACAUAGUAUCGGGGUUUUGUUGUGUAUAAGGUUAUCUAUAAACUAUAGAGUUGAAGCCAGCAUUAAGAGUACAGUGAUAAUAAGGUUAAAAAUAAAGAAUCUAUCAAUAAAGUUUAAAUAAAUAA